UUACCAACUACAACUACAACUGUCACUUUCAAAGCUACCGUUUCUGAUCCGUCUUUUUUAUAGCCAAGCAACCCUGGUUGUUUGUGUGAGACUCUCAAAAUUAUAGAGAGAGACAAACAUACACACACACACACACACACAAAUUGAGAGAGAAUGUGGCCUUUUAACAGAAAAGGGCCAUCUGGGUUUUCAUCUUCUUCCACAGCUGAAGAUGUUACUCAAGGGGUUGAUGGGACUGGUCUCACUGCUAUUGUUACAGGAGCAUCCAGUGGUAUUGGCACUGAAACUACAAGGGUUCUUGCAUUGCGUGGUGUCCAUGUAAUUAUGGGGGUCAGGAAUAUGGUUGCUGGUAAAGAUGCCAAAGAAGCAAUAGUUAAGGAAAUCCCUACAGCUAAAGUCGAUGCCAUGGAGUUAGAUCUUAGUUCAAAGGCGUCUGUGAAGAAAUUUGCAUCAGAUUUCAAUUCAUCUGGUCUUCCUCUGAACAUCCUAAUUAACAAUGCAGGAGUUAUGGCAACACCAUUCAUGCUCUCCAAAGACAACAUAGAACUACAGUUUGCAACGAAUCACUUAGGUCAUUUUCUUUUGACCAAUCUUUUGUUGGAGAAUAUGAAAAAAACAUCUCGUAAAAGUCGCAAAGAAGGAAGAAUUGUCAAUGUGUCCUCAGAGGCUCAUAGGUUCUCAUACCGUGAAGGAAUCCGUUUUGAUAAAUUAAAUGAUAAAUCUGGGUAUAGCAGUUUUGCUGCAUAUGGCCAAUCAAAGCUUUCCAAUGUUUUGCAUGCAAAUGAGCUUGCGAGAACUAUCAAGGAUGAUGGGGUGGAAAUAACUGCAAAUUCACUUCACCCAGGAGCAAUUGCCACUAAUCUUUUUCGUCAGAGCAACAUUAUGAAUGGUAUUGUUAAUACGCUUGGUAGAUUUGUGCUUAAAAAUGUUCAGCAGGGAGCUGCGACAACAUGCUACGUGGCACUUCAUCCUCAAGUCAAGGGGGUGAGUGGCGAGUACUUUUCGGACAGUAACCUAUCCAAGGCAAGUACACAAGGUAGGGACAGCGAGUUGGCAAAGAAACUCUGGGAUUUCAGCAUGAACUUGAUUAAAUGAUGUACCAGUAUUCAUCACAGAUUGCUAUUCUUCUUUACUAAGAAUAUAUAGUUAAAUAACCUAUUUCAAGUACAUUUGUCAUGUCCUUGUAUCUAAAUUCUGAAAGAAUUCUAGCAAAAUGUAUACUUAAGUUCUGAUUUCAUGCCAAAUUAAGACAUGAAUAUUGAAAGGUGUAGUAGCUGUGUUUAACUGUAUGGUACUCACCAUAUAUAUUUUAUUGGAGCGUGACAAUUCUAUGAUCAAGCCAAUAAAUGAUCUUUCUUUUUGAGGGUCA